AUGGCCCUCCCUUCUUUUCUCGCCCGUCUCCUGUCCCACUUCUCGUCUAACAAAGCCAACGCCACAGAGAAGAAACAGCAGACAGUACCAGUCUCCUCUAACAGCUCAAGCACGACUACUUCCAGUAUCAAAGCCACUCCAGCCGCCAAGAUGCCCGGUGUCACAGCCCCGUCCGGUACUAGCAAGUAUGACCAGAUUCCCGGUCCCCUCGGUAUCCAGUCUGCCCAACUUGGUGGCAAGGUAGCGCUUGUAACCGGUGCCGGCCGCGGUAUCGGAAGGGAGAUGGCUCUCGAGCUUGGACGUCGUGGUGCCAAGGUGGUGGUCAACUACGCCAACAGCGACAUCUCGGCCAACGAGGUUGUGCAGGCCAUCAAGAAGAGCGGCUCCGACGCGGUCGCCAUCAAGGCCAACGUGAGCGACGUCGACCAGAUUGAGAGGCUCUUCCGCGAGGCCAAGAACAGGUUUGGCAGGCUCGACAUUGUGUGCUCCAACUCGGGUGUUGUCUCGUUCGGUCACAUCAAGGAUGUCACCCCGGAGGAGUACGACCGCGUCUUCAACAUCAACACCCGUGGCCAGUUCUUUGUUGCUCGCGAGGCCUACAAGAACCUUGAGGUUGGUGGCCGCCUGAUUCUCAUGGGAUCCAUCACCGGCCAGGCCAAGGCCGUGCCCAAGCACACUGUUUACUCUGCUAGCAAGGGCGCCAUUGAGACCUUUGUCCGCUGCAUGGCUAUUGACUUUGGGGACAAGAAGAUCACCGUCAACGCCGUCGCUCCUGGCGGUAUCAAGACGGACAUGUACCACGCCGUGUGCAGGGAGUACAUCCCCAACGGCGAGAAGCUCGACAACGAGGGUGUCGACGAGUAUGCCGCUGGCUGGUCGCCUCUUCACCGCGUGGGUCUCCCCAUCGACAUUGCUCGUGUUGCCUGCUUCCUGGCUUCCCAGGAUGGCGAGUGGAUCAAUGGUAAGGUUAUCGGUGUUGAUGGCGGCGCCUCAAAUUCAUUCUUUAGUCAACAUACGAAUCGUCUGAGAUCUCUGGCACUGCUAACAAGGCACUUGCCAUCCAUGUCUUCAUGUUCCACACGAUUGGUGAGAGUUAUGAUAACACAGCUUACAAGACAGUACGGUCAGACUGAAGUCAUCACCGGAGGGGUAUGGUACACAAGAACGUGUGCUUUCCAAACUGCACCUGACACGCGACUGAACACCCAGGGCAGGACAAAACAAACCCGCGACCGACGGAACAAGGUCUUCAGCAUGUCUGACGCGCCCAGUUCUCAUGCGCAAGCUACUUACGCUUCCUGGGCACGUGUCAAAAACCUGGAGGAAUCAAAACAGCCCAUUGAGGUAUCAGGUUCCUGCCUGACCAUUGCCGAUGUCAUUGCGGUCUCGCUGCAUGGCGCAAAAGCCCAUCUCUCAGCUGACACCCGACAAGUCGAUCGCAGCAUCGCGUUACUCGAGGAGCGCAUACAAGCAGGCGACGUCAUCUAUGGCGUAAACACAGGCUUCGGUGGCAGCGCCGACACUCGAACCGAUGUUGGAGCCGAACCCUUGAUGCGUUUACAAGGCGCAUUAGUCCAGCACCUCAACGUUGGAAUUCUUACACACGCCGACAAGGGUCGCGAUGGCAUCAACCCCCGAACAGGAAAACCUUACACCAACGAGCUUCUUCGCAGCCAUGCUCUCCCAAGCCCCGUGGUUCGGGCCACCAUGCUCAUACGUUGUAACUCCCUGAUGAGAGGCCACUCCGGUGUUCGGCCCCUGGUCAUGGAAAACAUCAUGAAGCUUCUGGACAAGGACAUGACCCCUAUCAUCCCGCUUCGGGGAAGUAUCUCGGCCUCGGGUGACUUGUCUACCCUCUCGUACAUUGCCGGCGCGCUCGAAGGAAAUCCGGACAUUUACCUCAAAGUCAGGAAACCGGGCAAUAAGACGGACAUUCUACCGGCCGAUAAAGCUCUGCACCUUGCUGGUCUGGAACCGGUGCGUUUCCAAGUCAAAGAGGGACUCGGCAUUACCAACGGCACCGCACCCUCCUGCGCAACCGCCUCCAUUGCCAUCCAGGAAGCCAACCAGCUGGCCGUUCUUGUCCAGCUCCUAACUGCCAUGGGUACCGAAGCCCUGGCCGGCACAGCUGCAAAUUACCAUCCCUUCAUCUCCUCCGUCCGGCCGCACCCCGGUCAAGCAGAAGCAGCGUCCAACAUUCUAGCCUUUCUCGCCGGGACCAAGAUUGCUGCGCCCUGCGAGUCCCAUAACGGCUCUAACGGCGAACCGGCUAAGGUCCGGGGUCUUGCUCAGGACCGCUACGCUCUACGGACCGCGCCUCAAUGGAUCGGACCUCAGCUCGAGGACCUGGAACUCGCCACGAAGCAGGUGCAAACAGAACUCAACUCAACCACGGACAACCCCCUGAUCGACCCCUCUUCCGGAUUCAUCCACCACGGCGGUAACUUCCAAGCCAUGGCACUCACAUCGGCCAUGGAGAAGACCAUGCUAGCCCUGCAGAACCUGGGCCGCUUGCUCUAUGCGCAAAGCUCGGAGCUGCUCAACAACAUGACCAACAAGGGACUGCCGCCGAACCUGUCGGCGGAUGAGCCAAGCCAGAGCUACACGUGCAAGGGCUUCGACGUCAACAUGGCUGCGUACAUGGCCGAGCUGGCGUACCUGGCCAAGCCGGUCAGUUCGCAUGUCCAGGUGGCUGAGAUGAACAACCAAAGUGUCAACUCGAUGGCGUUAGUUGCGGCUCGGUAUGCGCUGGAGGCAGUGGAAGUUGUUAGUUUGAUGGCGGCCACCUACAUCUAUGUGCUUUGCCAGGCGCUGGACCUGAGGGUUCUGCAGUUGGAAUUCCGGGAGGACUUACCGGAGCGUAUCGGAAGUCUGAUUCUUUCUGAUGUUGCUGCGGUGAAGAAGCCGGAGCCUAAGGCAAAAGAGGAAGAGAACGGCUGCUUGUCUGAGAAUGACAUAACGAAGAGCCAAAGGUUGGCAGGCAUGAUUGCAGCGAACAUCCUGGACCAAUGGGACAAGCUGGCUCACCUGGACGUGGAAGAGCGAGCUUCUGUGGCGACUAAGCAGUCAGCACUGGACGCCCUUGGACUUCUUCACUGCGGGAGGGAGUACGACCGUGCAACGCUGAGCAUCAGUGAUUUGCAAGCCUACCACUUGAAGACCGCUCGAGUGGUGUCAGACUGUUAUGGUGACCACCGAAAGACCUUGCUCGAGGGUCGGCAGGACACUGGGCGGUGGCUCAGCGGUGGCUCUACAGUCGUCUACGAGUUUGUCAGGAAGGAGUUGAAGAUUCCGCUGAACCGGGGCGUGGUUGACCAUCCCCCGCUUCUCAAGGAGGGGUUGAACAGAGUGAGGGAGGUCAUCCGCAGCAAGGCAGAACUAAGUACUAAGGACAUAGAGGAGGGGCCAUCGCUCAGCGGCCGCCUGCCGUUAGGGUACCCCGGACCCCCACCAGCCGGCCCCUUUUUGAUAACUUGGCGUCUGUCCAGCUUCACUGACUGUCUGAGAAGACUAGGAAUAAUAAUAAUGAGAAGAAGAAGAAGAAGAAGAAGAAGAAGAAGAAGAAGAAGAAGAAGAAGAAGAGAAGAAGAAGAAGAAGAAGAAGAAGAAGAAUAA